GAUUACAUUUGGAAGUUGAGUUCAUUAAAAUAGUAUGUUGUUAGUUUGGAGCAUAUAUAACAGAAAAAUGAUUUAAAAAAGUUUGUUUUCACUUGGCAACAUAUAUAUCCCCUUCUGAAAGUUCAGUGAAUAACAGAAUGGAGGUGGAUACAGGUUCGAACGUAAACAACUCCAAGUCAGUAAAAUCUCCCUCUAGCAAUGCGGCAACUCCAGAUAGAUCGCGCUCAAACACUCCGGCACAAAAAGGGGCAAUGCGUUCAAGGAGUGGGUCUACUCACAGCAUAGCCAGUAAUAAGUCUGGGUCCCGUUCCCGCUCAGGUUCGAGGGAUAGCGAAAAUGGAUCUUCUAGACCAAACUCUAGAAAUUCAAAUCACUCAGGAUCACGAUCUAAUUCUGUCACAUCAGAUGUAAACAAUAAAAGAAAUUCAAGAUCGCGAUCAAAAUCUGGCUCUGGAUCACCAAACAUUGAAGUCAAAUCACCCUCCCGCUCAAAAUCUAUAUCUCCAUCCAAAUCACAUUCAAGGUCAAGAUCAAAAAGUGCCAGUAGAAAAGAUUCCCGAUCCAAAUUGCGUUCUCCAUCAGGAUUAGCACACACUGGUUCAAGAAAAAGAUCCCAUUCCCGAUCUAAAUCUGUAGAGAGUACACAAUCUAGGACAAGAUCAAAAUCACGAUCACAAAAAGGUUCUAAAUCUAGAUCAAGGUCGCGGUCGAGAUCACUUAGACUCUCAAGAUCGGGAUCAGAAGGUCCAACAAAUUUUGAUAGGAAGAUUGUCUCUCGGUCUAGAUCGAGAUCAGGAUCGGCACGUGCUGCAGUUAUGUCUGAAAAAGCCUCCAGGUCCAGAUCGAGAUCUGGGUCAAUAAGAUCAAGAUCAAGGUCUGUCUCUAGGAGAUCUAGAUCAGUUUCUGCUGAAUCAAAAAGAUCAAGAUCAGGAUCUAGAGGAGCCGGGUCAAGGAAAUCAAGGUCCAGGUCAAAAUCUGAAUCAAAAAGGUCAAGGACCGGUUCAAGAAGAUCAAGGUCAGGUUCAAGAAACUCUAGAUCAGAUUCGGUAAAGUCUAGAUCGAGAUCAAGGUCGGCACAAUCACAAUCAAGGUCAAAAAAAUCAAAAUCCCGUUCACAAUCUGCUGAAGCUGCUAAGUCUGAGUCGCGGAGAUCAGCUUCGCGAUCUAGAUCACGAUCGGGAUCGAAACAAUCAAGGUUGGGUUCGCGCAGAUCAAGGUCGAAUUCAAGGAGAUCCAGAUCUGGUUCAAUGAGGUCCAGAUCAGAUUCUGGGAAAUCUAGAUCGAGGUCUAGAUCAGGUUCAGCACGGUCCUCAAAAUCACGUUCAAGGUCGAGAUCGAGUGAAGGUGCUAGAUCUGGAUCAAAGCCAUCGGCAUCACGGUCUAGAUCAAGAUCGAGGUCAAGGUCAGGUUCUAGAAGAUCAAGGUCGGGCUCUAGACGGUCCAGAUCGGGUUCUAGGAGAUCGAGGUCCGGCUCUAUACGAUCCAGAUCGGGUUCUAGAAGAUCAGGAUCGGGUUCAAGAAGAUCCAGAUCGGGUUCGAGAAGAUCGAGAUCGGGCUCAAGAAGAUCAAGAUCGGGUUCAGGACGGUCAAGGUCGGGUUCCAGAAGAUCUAGGUCAAGGUCGGCAAAAUCCAGAUCUAGAUCGGGUUCAGCCAGGUCAAGGUCACGGUCUAGGUCUAGGUCAGGUUCUAGGUCAAAGUCUCGUUCAAGGUCAAAGUCACCUGAAGUUAGUGCUUCUAAUCGUAAAAGAGUAUUUGAUUCGGACUCAGAAGAAGAAAACCCUUCAAAAACAAAAAUCCAACGCACUUUGGAUAGUGAUAAUGAAGAAGGAGAAGCUGGUCCAUCCGAAGAACAGCCAGAGGAGCAGUUGGAGCCAUCUGUUGCUCAACCAGUGGCCGAUGAGGAUUCUGACGAUGGCGUAGAUGAUGGUAACACAUAUCAGGGAAGCGAGGCAGUGUCAGAUUUCGAGUUGAUGCUUCAGAGAAAGCGCGAAGAACAAUCAAAGAGACGUAAGCGCAAGGAUAUCGAUAUAAUCAACGAUAACGACGACAUCAUCGCUCAACUGUUAUCGGAUAUGAGGCAGGCUGCAGAAGAAGACCGACGGCUCAACCAGGAGCACAAGCCGGCUACGAAAAAGAUCGGUAUGCUGGGCAAAGUCAUGUCGCAAUUGAAGAAACAUGAUCUGCAGCUGGCGUUCAUCGAGCAUAAUGUCUUGAAUGUUUUAACUGAUUGGUUGGCACCCAUGCCUGACCGGUCGAUGCCUUCCAUGCAAGUUAGAGAAUCAAUUUUACGACUCCUGGCAGAGUUUCCUUCGGUGGACCAUCAGACUCUGAAGCAAUCGGGCAUAGGAAAAGCCGUCAUGUAUCUCUACAAACAUCCAAAGGAAACGAAAGAGAAUAAAGAAAGGGCCGGACGGCUUAUAAGCGAGUGGGCCCGCCCCAUAUUUAAUUUAUCGACCGACUUUAAAGCUUUGAGCCGAGAGGAACGUCUUCAGCGAGAUAUUGAACAGAUGGGUCCAAAACGGCGGAAAAGCGAAGCCGAAGCGGAAAAAGAAAAAAAAGAAUUGGGAAAAGCUUUUAAUUCUGAGGGGAAACCUCUUCGACCUGGCGAGAAGGGGUGGGUGGCCCGAGCCAGGGUGCCGAUACCAUCCAACAAAGAUUAUCUGGUCCGGCCCAAGUGGCAGUCAGAAGUGGAUAUUAGUAGGUCUACCAAGAAGGGCAUGAAUCGGUUCGAGAAACAUUACAAGGCGUUUUUGGAUGGGAAGCGACUGAAACAGACCCGACGUGCCGUCGAGAUUUCCAUCGAGGGCAGGAAUAUGGCCUUGUAAAUUAUCCGUUUUUCGUUUUUGUAAUUAGAAAGAGAGUUAUGUUUUUAAUAAAGUAUACCGUGCAAUUUUGUGGCUUUUUCUCAAAAAUGAACAUUUGUGCCUAUUCAUCUUUUAUAAAACACGACAGCAGUUUGCUUAAUUAUGAAGAGAUUCAUGAAGAAUAUAAUCCCCAAUGUCUAUUGUUGUAGAUAACCUGUCACACUCUAUAAAAGUAAGAGUUGAUUAAUUUAAUAGGCUUGAGCUGAAAAUACUGGGCCCAGUUCUCAUGCUGUAAGUAAUGAGAGAACUUAGUGGUGUAAGUGAAAAAUCGUUUUUUAUGUAGUGCACCUUAUUGUGAUAGUGUAAACAUAGCAAAAUUAAUAGAAGCUUUAAACAAGGGAGGCAAAUAUAAAUAAAAAGUGGGAUCAACAGACAAGGCACAUUGUUCCAUAAAAGCCACCAAUGCAUAGUAUAGUGCGGACUAACAAGAUAUGUGAAUUUGGAGGGGUAAAUGACUAAUAUGUAUUUGGGAGUACUAAUAAUCAACAAAUGUGAAGACGACAAGGAAGUGGAUCUAUGAAUAGCAAAAUGUAACAAUUGUCUGUGGGAGCUUCAUAAAAUUGUAAGGUCAAAGAAAGUCUUGAGCGCAACAAAAAUUAGACUCUACAACACAGUGGAACGACCAACUUUAACUUACUGUUGAGCCCUCAAUAAAAAAAAACAACAGACACUAAGUAUACAGGAAAGUAUUAAGAUGAAUCUUUGGCAGAAAGAAUACAGAGCAUGAUUGGGAGAGAAAAAUGAAUAGUGAACUCUACGAACUAUUUGGAGAUACACCAAUCGAAAAAUUUAUUCAAGCAAGGAGACUACAAUAAUAGAGAAGUAGAGGAAGUGGUAUGAAAAAGACCAGUGGGGAGGAAGCGUGGUAGACCAAGCAGAAGAUGCAGAGAAGCCUUGGGGGAAGAUUUAUGAAAGAAAAGGAUUACUAAUUGGAGAAACAUGGUGAUCUGAAGAAUUUGUGAUAUAAAUUUAACAUUGCGAUUCAUUUUUAUUGAGAUGACCAUAGAGCGUACAAUUACGGAUGUAGUCAUUUACUUAGUCUUGUUAUCGAUGAAAUUGACUUGCGUGAGACUUGAACUGAGGUGAAUUUUACUUGAUGAAAAUCCAUUUAACAAAAGAAAUUAGAACUAAAAGUUCGGAUUUUCACGAAAUUAAAUAUAUUCACAUGACAAUUGUUUCAACAACACCGGGCCUUUAUCAAAUGCCAUUUGAUAAUAUAAUUUGAAUAUAUAUAAUUUCCUGAAAGUCUGAACUUUUAGUUCUUAUUUAUUUUGUUUCGUGUUUCGCUACUCACUAAAC